AUGGAGGAGAUUGUCAAAAUCAAGGAGGAAUUAUUUGAGGAGGUUCCUAUUGCUACUAACAGGUAUGUACUGCAGUGUGCUCAUGCUGAGUAUAAAAGAUAUCUUCAUUUUGAGGAGGAAUACUGGAGACAAAAGGAAGGAGUUGAUUGGUUUGUGGAGGGUGAUAUAAAUACUAGAUUAUUUCACAAUCUAAUGAGGGGUAGAAGGAGGAAGCUGACAGUCAGAUGGAUUCAAGGAUUGGAUGGCUCAUGGAUAGAGGAUGAAGCUCAAAUGGCUAGUCAAGCUGUGCAGUUCUAUCAAGCAGAAUUUUCGCAUGAGGAGGCCAAUGUUGCAUUAUGUUGCAUUCCUAGCUGUGAAGAAGUCAAGCAAGCUAUUUUCAAUCUUAGUAGGACAAGUGCUAGUGGUCCUGAUGGAUUUCCUGGCAAAUUUUACCAAUCAUGCUGGGAUGUGGUGGGGAGGGAUAUAUUCAGGUUGGUGGAGGCAUUUUUCAAUUGUCAUUCUCUCCUUAAGUCCAUUACUCACACAAAUUUGGUUCUUCUCCCAAAAAAGGACACAGUGCAAGCUUUUUCAAAUCUAAGGCCUAUAAGUCUUAGUAACUUUGUCGACAAAGUCAUCUCUAGGGCGGUUCAUGAUAGGUUUGAAAAGGUGUUACCAUCUCUCAUAUCCAGAAACCAGACAGGAUUUGCCAAAGGAAUGAGCAUCAUUGAAAAUGUAUUACUAGCACAAGAGAUAGUCACUGAUAUUAGAAAGAGUGGCAAGCCUGCCAAUGUAGUUAUCAAGUUGGGUAUGGCUAAGGCAUAUGAUAGAGUGUGCUGGAGUUUUCUUGUUAAAGUACUGGAGAGAUUGGGAUUUGCUAGUCAAUUCCUAGAUCAAAUAUGGAGGUUGUUGGCAAAUCACUGGUAUUCAGUACUAUUCAAUGGCCAAUCCACAGGUUUCUUUCACUCAACUAGGGGAGUUAAGCAGGGUGAUCCUUUAUCACCUGCUUUGUUUAUUUUAUCUAUAGAGGUCCUGUCAAGAUCUCUUAAUGCUUUGUUUGAUGAUUCUUGUUAUAUGGGAUAUAGAUUACCUAAGUGGAGUUUUAAUAUUAAUCAUCUGUCCUAUGCUAAUGAUACAAUUUAUCUUCACUUCAGCAGAGAAGAUUUCUCUUCAGAAAAUCAUGAAGGCUGUCCAAUCUUUCAUUCUAGGAGGAAAAAGGUGUUUUAUAAUGAUCACAUUAAGAAGGAGAAAAAUAAGCUGCAGAACUGGAAAGGCAAGUUACUAUCUCAUGGAGGGAAAUCAGUGUUGAUAAGCAAUGUCCUUCCAAGUAUCCCAUGGAAGUUCAGGACAGAAAAUACUAUGUGGACAACUUUCAUGUGGAAUAAAUACUGCAAGAAAUUUAGGCCUACUGAGGUGCAAUGGAGAGGUGGUUCUCAAGAGUGGAAGAAAAUGCUGGAUGCUUCGCAAGAGGAAACAGUUCAGCAUUUGUUUCUUACAGGAGACUUUGCUAAGUCUCUGUGGAGGAAGAGAAAUGAUAUUAUGCAUGGGAAGAGCAUGAGCACAGAUAAGGUUCUAUAUAGGAUCAAUUAUAAUCUGCAUAACCUGGUGAGAGAUGUUUAUCCUUGGUUAAAGGAGGUCCCUCAUGAUUGGCCUCAGUUGAUCAAGUUCUUAGAAGGAGUUAGAUCUACUAGUUCCAUCAGACUAGUCCACUGGAAUUAUCCUAGAGUAGGUUGGUUCAAAUGCAACACAGAUGGAGCCUCUAGAGGCAACCCUGGAUUAAGUUCUGUAGCUUUUUGUAUUAGGGAUGACAGAGGGGAUUUGGUGUAUGCUAGUGCUAGACAAUUACAGGUUACAACAAAUAUAGUUGCAGAAGCAACUGUCAUGCGAGAUGCUGUGAUUUAUUACAUCUCCCAUCAGUUAUUCCCAGUGAUUAUUGAGUCUGAUUAA